GAGGGAGGAAGAGAAGGAGAAGUACGCAGACAUGGCUCGAGAGUGGAGGGCCGCCCAAGGGAAGGACGCGGGGCCUUUGGAGAAGCAGAAACCUGUUUCCACCCCACUGAGGAAGCCACACAUGCUGGUACCAAAGCAGAAUGUUUCACCCCCGGAUAUGACAAGCUUGUCUCUGAAAAAUGAUCAAGCUCUCCUUGGAGGCAUUUUUUAUUUUUUGAACAUUUUUAGCCAUGGCGAGCUGCCUCCUCAUUGUGAACAGCGCUUCCUCCCUUGCGAAAUAGGCUGUGUUAAAUAUUCUCUCCAAGAAGGUAUUAUGGCAGAUUUCCACAGUUUUAUAAAUCCUGGUGAAAUUCCACGAGGAUUUCGGUUUCAUUGUCAGGCUGCAAGUGAUUCUAGUCACAAGAUUCCUAUUUCGAACUUUGAAUCUGGAUGUGACCAAGCAACUGUGUUACAAAACCUUUAUAGGUUUAUUCAUCCAAACCCAGGGAACUGGCCACCCAUCUACUGCAAGUCUGACGACAGAGCCAGAGUUAACUGGUGUCUGAAGCACAUGGCAAAGGCGUCGGAAAUCAGGCACGAUCUAGAGCUGCUCACUGUCGAAGACCUUGUUGUGGGAAUCUACCAGCAAAGAUUCCUCAAGGAGCCCUCGAAGACCUGGGUCCGGAGCCUCCUCGACGUGGCCAUGUGGGAUUAUUCUAGCAACACGAGGUGCAAGUGGCAUGAAGAAAACGAUAUUCUCUUCUGCGCUCUGGCCGUUUGCAAGAAGAUCGCGUAUUGCAUCAGUAACUCCCUGGCCACUCACUUUGGAAUCCAGCUCACAGAGGCCCACGUGCCGCUCCAGGACUACGAAGCCAGCAGCAGUGUGACACCCAAGAUGGUCGUGUUGGAUGCCGGGCGUUAUCAGAAGCUAAGGUUUGAAAGCCCAGGAUUCUCUCAUUUCAACUCUUCUAAUCAGGAACAAAGAUCAAACACACCCACUGGCGACUACCCGUCCGGGGUGAAGGGCCCCGGCGCCAGCCGCGGCGUUCGGGGAAGAGGCAUCACUCGGCUGCUGGAGGGCGUCUCCCGUCCGCCCCGCGGGCCCCACGGCUUCUCCGGCUGCGAGGCCGCGCUCCCGCCGUACACGUCGCAAAAAGAUGAGUGCAAAUCUUUCUCUUCCUUAUCGUGA